GUGCUAUUCCUGGGUGAGGGGAUGCAAAUUAGCACUGUAAAGCACAUCUCUCUCACCGCUUCAGGGCUCAGACCCCUUCUCUCCUGGCCAUUCUCUUACACUUUGCUGUCCUCUUAUUAUCGUUGCCUCAAUCCAUCUUGAUUAUACAGUUCCACUGUUUGCAAAAUGUCUACCCCGUGGCUUGGCUCCUUGAAAAAGUCAUUUGUUGACGUCCCGGUCGAUGCUGCCAACGGCAAUGCUAUACCCACCACCGACUUCCUUGAUGCUGCAGAGUCCUUGACCACCUUGUUUGAUGUGCUCGGCUCCGUUGCUUUCACCCCAGUCAAGAACGAUAUUCUCGGAAACAUCAAGAAAAUCCGCGACCGCCAGCGUGCUGCCCCUGCGGAAUCCGAGACUCUACAAGCCCUUGUCAUCAACGAAUUGAAGACGAAGAAGCAUGUCGCCUCCGAAGGUCUUCUCUGGCUUGUACGUGGUCUCGAUUUUACCGCCCAAGCCUUGCGUGCGAACGUCGAUGCUCCCACCCAGGAACUUGCUGAUUCAUUCCGUGCCGCGUAUGGCAACACGCUCAAACCUCACCACAGUUUCUUGGUCAAGCCCAUAUUCAACGCUGCCAUGUCUGCCACACCAUACCGCAAGGACUUCUACUCAAAGCUGGGAUCCCAAUCUCCUGAAUCUGACCCCGCCUUGAAGGAAUGGGUCACGGCCUUGCAGAAUCAAGUCCAGAUUCUCAAAGACUUCCAAUUGACCAAGGAAGCUAAAUGGUAGAAGUUAUGACGACCCGAAACUAUGACAAGUAUCUCUAUUAUUUCCGACGGCCCCGAUGUCCAAUUUUCUAGUUGCAUGAAGCAUCCAAUUCCCAACUUUCAUUUUUUGUAUCCCGUGCAUAGGUGGCAUAUCGCUUCUUAUCUGACCUCGCCCACUAUUUGUCUCCUGGACGGGUUACUCCUUUUCUGUCUAUAGAUGAGAAUGGCAUAUUUUGCACAUAGAGUCACAUUUCUAUUAAAUAGCUCCCACUCUCUUUCAGCAACGAGAAAUUAACUAUGCCAAGUAUUGAAUGUCAAAUAUAUUCACACAAUGCUAAUGGAAGUAGACUGAAAGGCGUGGCAAAAAAGGCCGAGGCGGCUAGGAGAACUGGCCAAUCAGAG